GCUUACCUCACCUUUGGUCUCUGCUGAGUUUACCGUCAACAAAACAGCGAUUUCCGAUUUGAUAAACACCGAGAACGCGAUGCCCGCAGUCUUAGAGCAAUACUUUACCUGGGAACAGGCACCUGAAACUGCUAUUCUGAGGACUAAAAAUGUACUUGCUAUAUUACAGUAUUAG